AUGGCAACAAUCACAGUCGUAUGUGAAACACAACAGGUAUACCGCUCUCAAUUGGCCUCCUUCGGUAUCACCGACCUGCUAGCCAUGCAACCUAUAGGCAGUCUUUCAGGUGGACAGAAGUCUCGUGUGGCAUUUGCUGUCAUGUGCAUGACCCGGUGA